CAGCAGGCAGAACUGCAUCCUGAGGAGGAUGCAUCUGAUAGGCAAGACGCCCUUAGCAACCGCCUCUAAAAAACAUCGAUGAAUAUGGCUGACGAAGUGGGGAAGACGAUGUAGCUUUGAGGAUGCCACCUCUGUAUAUUUCCAAUUUCCUUUUGUGUCUCUUUAUCUCCAGCGCUGAACGGAUAGUCGCAAAAUCCAUCGUGGAGAAUGGAGCGCUCGAGGUGCAAGUGAGGGUUCAGGUGUUUGAUGGAGGUGACCUGUCACCCCUGCCCAAUGCUGCUGUUGUUGUCCAUGGCAACCGGAGCGUGCUGGUGUCCGGUCAGGCCAAGAAUGAAGAUGCAGUGGUCAUGAACUUCCUGUACCGCAUGGGCUCAUGGGUAAUCAUCACAGCAUCUCAGAAAGAUUAUGUCACCAGCUCUGUACCGUGGCAUGCCAGCAGAGUGCCCUUAUAUGCCUCUGUCAGUCUGUACCUGUUGGCCCAAAGACCAGGAACACUCAUCCUGUAUGAUGAUGUCAUCCAGGUGUUCCACGGCUCUCCAGGAGGGCGGAGCCAACCAUGGCUGCACAUUCCAAGACGGAGCUUGCAGUUAAACUCCUCAUUCUCUGAGCUGACUGCAGUUUUGACCACUGCCAGAGAUUUAAGUGAGAUCAGUGCCUUCCCAUACCUCCUGGCCCUGGAGACCAACAGCACAGGAGGAGAGAGUGGCUGGACUGAUUUGACAGCGGUAGCUGCAGUCAGCGCUCAACUGUUUGACCGCGAAGGUCAUGUGGUCCAGGUGACGGAGCCCAUCCAUGUCUCUGUCCCUCUGCCCUCUGACACCCGUGUCCGCUCCCCCACCAGUGUGCCUGUGUGGGUGUAUGAUACUAAGAUAGGGUUGUGGGUAAGGAAUGGCACUGGCUACAUUAAGAGGGAUGGGUCUCAUCUUACAUGUGACUUUAUGGCCUCACGACUUGGCUACUGGAUAGCAGCAUUCCCCUCUACAUCAGGCACAGGAUUGUCUCAUCCAAGCCUGAGGGACAUUACAGCCUACCACACCCUAUUCCUGCUCUCUAUUCUGGGAUCACUUGCUCUGCUUGUACUGGUACUACUCUGCGUACUCCUCUACUACUGCAGACGGAGGUGUCUGAAACCUCGCCGGCACCACAAGCAGGCUCAGGCCUCUUCUACACUGUGCAGCUCCAAAAGAGACCAAGGCACCUCCACCUCUCGUCUCAACCUCAUCUGCGGUGGCCAUGCUGAAGCUGCGGCCUCCAGCAGUGACCUGGAUGCUGCCAAGCCUGAUGUCUCCCCGUCCCGAGAAUACAAGAGUGCGCGGGAUGAGUUUUCCAAGCACGUGCCAGCACACAAGCUCCGACAUGCAUCCAAGAGUAAACAGCCAAAAGGAGCCCCACGCGGUGGAGAGAGCUUCCCCAUGAAGGUGCACCGCUCCACAGAGACAAACAACCUUGACAACACCUUGCUCCAAGACGACUACGGACGCAACUACAGCCCUGAUGACAAGGAUCAUGACUACCGCCGCAGGCACGUUGUCAAUGACAACCGCGGGUACACGGCUGACCCACCUUCACCGUCCAUCCCGGACAAGCCCCCAGAGUAUUCACAGGUCUCCCAGGGACAGGAGCACCUUGCCCGUCCAACAUCAUUGAACACCCAGCCUGGCCAGAUCAUCUUCUGCAGUUCUCUGGACCAGAUGACAGAGAACAUGUACCGCAGCAUGGUGCCUACCCUGGUCAUCCCGGCACACUACAUGCGCUUGUCAUCUGAGUUCAAAGGCUCGGAAGGUGGAAAGGAUGGUCAGAGCCAGGCAGAGCGAGACAGGGAAGGCCAAGGAGGGAAUGGUGUCAGCAGUGGGAUCCCAAACCAGGGCCAGAGCCAGGGUGGGGGCCAAAUGCAACCCCAGCCGGGUGUCGGUUCCCCAGCUGGCUCUGACGACAACGUGUGGGCAUCUGGAGGUCCAUCAGCACCGGUCCACAUUCCUGUGCUGUUCAAUGACUCCACCAUGGCACAGAUGAAUGGAGAGCUCCAAGCCCUCACAGAAAAGAAGCUGCGUGAGCUGGGCGUGAAGCAGCACCCACGUGCCUGGUUCAUAUCGCUCGACGGACGUGCCAAUGCUCAUGUGCGCCACUCCUACAUCGAUGUGGGCUCUGAGCUUGGUCAUAGUGGUGCAAACAGCAGCAACCACAGUGCGCAGAGCACGCUUAGUGCCCCCGCUGGCACCAGUAAGGAUUGCAGCCUGGACACGAGCCUCCAAGAUACACCACAGGAGCGCAAGCAGUCCUCUGGGAGGAAGAGCAAGGAGGAUCGAUAUGGUGGCGGGCGUAAGGGGCACAGUGCAAAUGGCUCCAGCAGUGGAAAGCAGUACUCCAAGCUGGCUUAUCAUGACCCCCUGGAUCUCAGUGGUGGUGUUGGCCGCAUGGGAGCGGGGUCACCACUAGAAAACCCACUGACCCCCCUCUUAGACGACGGUCCCGAGGAGCCGCGUGGUUCAACUAUACCACGGAGGGGUCGCAGUCGUGGGAACAGCUCACGCAGCAGUAACAGUGAGACCCAGCGCGAUUCUGUCACAAGUCCAGAGGAUGAAAAUGACCCUGAUGACAAAGACGAGAACAAGAAAAGCCCAUGGCAACGUAUUGAGGAGCGCCCUCUCAUGGUGUUCCAUGCCAAGAAGUAGAAAAUCAGGCCCGACAUAGAACUAACCUUUGCAAUUAUCUACCGAAGACAUAUGAGAUAUGUGUUCAAAUUGAUCAUUGUUACCAGACGUUUACUCCUAUCAGCAAACAGGUACAACUCAUUUUGUUUCCCCAAUCUGAAUGAAGUGUCAGGAUUGUUUUGUAUUGAGUUUAUAAAACAGCAUUUUAAAUCACAUGCCAAAAGCAUCUAUAGCUCUAAUUUGAAGACAAGACUUGGAGGAAGACAAGACUGAUCACUCAAUUUGAAUACAAAUCUGGGAGUAGUCAGGUGCAGUGAGGCUUAUUCUCAAAGUCUUAAAGUAUGGAUUUCACAGCUGAAUGACACCAACCAUCCACUACAAUCCACUACAGUAAUGAAAGGUACCAGGAAAAAAGUUUUAAAAAUGCAUCAUAUUAAGAAAAUAAGCACAAAAUAUAUUUGUAGAGAGCAGGGGGAUGUUUCAAGAAUCAUCUACUCAUAAUCAAGCAUGGAACAUAUUCAAACAAAUCAAACAACUCCUCAUUUGAGGAGUCUGCAGGUUUUCUUUGGACAUCAGUUUCUCCAUGAUCCUGACCAAACUGGCUUUGACAUACUGUUCAAUAUGGUAUGUUAUUAUGUUGAUCUCUUUUGGAAAAGAACAUCAAACAUUGAUAUAAACGGAGAUAAGUGAAGAGUUUCUAUAAAGGAACUGGAUGUUUCGGUUUUCAUAAAUUAAUUAUCUGAUGGUCUACUGCUGUAUUCCUGUAUUCCUGUCCCCCAAAGAUUUGUCAUCCCUUUUCUUGUCAUGGAUAACCACUUUUUAUAUACACGUUUAUAUGCAUCUCAGUAGUGACUUUCCCCCCCCUUUUCUCUUUUUUUUUUCAGUAUUAACUGUGCUGGAAAUUUUGGUGGAAAUUCCUAAACACAAAAAAGAUGAGUUGCAACAUGAACAGUGAAUAUGGCAUAGGAAUGUAAAUCCAAACAUUCCAUUUCUCACAUUCCAAAUAUUUUACAGAAUACUAGGCACUUCAGAUAAUGGUUUGGCUUAUGCACUGCACAGGACAUACAUUAUUUAAUAGUUUGCUUAAUGAGUGUACGAUCAUACAAUCAUUGAGUGUACAAGCAUAUUGUAUGCCACUACAGAUAUAAAUGUAGAAAUCCCAUUUAACUAACCCAAGUGCUUCUUUGCACUUUCUUACAAAAUUGUGACAAUUCUGACAAGAUAUGUUUACUGAUCUGAAACCAGUUUUGUGCUUUCCUUCAUGGUGUUGAAAAUAGGAUUUGGGUAGGAAAAUAAUAUUCUGACUCUCUAUCAGUGACAUUUUCUUAGAGCCUGACGGAUGUCUUUGCAUUAUCUACAUUCAGCAGUGGAAAUGAAUGUGAAGUCAUUUACACUGAUGUGAUUCUUUGUUAAUACAAUAUACAUCCCCAGAUCUUCCAUUACCACAAGUCUUGAUGUAAAGUUUUCUAUUAUUAUAAUAAUUUGCCAGGAUUCUGUGUAUAUGUAUGAUAGCAUAUGUGCAUGAGACUUGUAGACUAGAAAAAUGUUUUUUAUGACUAAAGAUAAAAUAUGGCCCACUUUACCAUAAAUAUGUAAAAGCAUGACAUCAUCUUCCUGGAAAGUGACACACUUGACAUUCUAAAGAAUGUCAUGUUAAUUUUGAGGAGACCAACCAAGAUGACAAAAGCAUCUGAUGAUGAUGCAAACAUUGGGUGGACUUGCCAAAAAAAAAAAGAAGCUAUAUGCUGGAAAAUAAACUCGCUCUGUGCCAGUGGCAGGAAGCACAGUCUGCUCACUCCUUGAUUGGCAGGCGGGCAAUGCUUGGUGCUGUUAGCUACUCUCUAGUUUACUGGUAGGUGGUUGCUACCAAGACUCCAUUUUAUGAGGAUGUCCCAUUUUAUGAGGAUGUCUUUGACUCUCUGUCUUUCUCUCUUUUUAUCUCUCUCUCGCUUUCUCUUUAGCUCUCACACUAAAUAUGAUCAGAAUGGUGCUCAGAAUCUUUCAUUUGUGUCUAUUGUGUUUUAAUAUCUUUAUGAUAUGACAUCACACAUUUGUUCACCUUGUCAGUGAAAUCACUACCUUAUCACUUGUUUAAUUACAGUUUAUUGCAUUAUGCCAGUCAUUUAAUAACCAUCCUCGUUUGUUGCAGAACACUUGUCACUGCGGAGAAUGAACACAUAUUUUUUUUGUUAGCUUUUAAAAGAAUGUGGCCUCUUUUUAUGUCAAAGCACAGGGGUCAUUGGACACCUAUCAGUGCCACUUAGAAACGUGAACAGCAGUCAAGCUGUGAUCAUUGCCUGCAGCUUUUCACAGUAACAUGGAAGUGCCAAUGUUGGACAUAUAGAGCCCUAGCUGGACCAGUCGCUACUCGGGCGUCCAUAGCAGUGCCUGUAGUGUUACCAUAUAAGGCUGUGAGUUUGCAGCAACACCUGUUAAGUGUCAGA